CGAGAGGUGAAUCUGCCGAUAAGGAGCCCUGACGAUGCGAUAAGACAACCUCUGAGAUAAAAGUCCAAGGUUUUGAUCAGCAGCAGGAUGCUGGGCACGUUGACUAGGAUACUGCGACCUGCGCUCAAACAGGCUCAGCCGCAACUGCUGUCUGGAUUCACAAACUCCCAGCUACCAUGGCGACACAAGAUGCAGAUCCGCACAUGUGCUGCGGGUUCAGCCACAAUUCAGUCACUGGAAGGUUGUCUCGUGCUGAACUAUGGAGGAACGCGGAUGCGUUUUAACUACGUGUGGCUGCGGGAUCACUGCCGCUCCCCCUCUUCAUACAACUCCAAGACUAACCAGCGGAACCUGGACACUGGGAGCAUAGAUCUCAACAUCCGUCCUGACAAUACAACUGUGCAAGAUGGCCAUCUCGUCCUCACCUGGCCUGGAGGUCAUGUGUCAAAGUACAGCCUUAGCUGGCUAGCUGAGAACAGCUAUGAAGGAAAGAAGCAGAGCAUCGUCCAGCCAUGCAUCCUUUGGGAUUCAGACAUCUAUAAGAAUGCAAACAUACCCUCCGCCAAAUGGGACACGUUCAUGAGCAGUGAUGAUGAAGUAAAGAAGUUUCUUCAAAACUACCUUCUGUAUGGGAUCGCUUUUGUAGAUGAUGUCCCAGCUACAGUGGAGGCCACCGAGGCAGUGACCCAGAGAGUCAGUCUUAUCAGGGAGACUACAUAUGGAAGAAUGUGGUGUUUUACAUCAGAUUUUUCAAGAGGAGACACUGCUUACAGCCAGCUUGCCCUGGACCGUCACACUGACACCUCCUACUUUCACGAACCAUGUGGAAUCCAGGUAUUUCACUGUCUCAAGCAUGAUGGAACUGGGGGAAGGACACUACUUGUAGAUGGGUUCUACGCUGCUGAAAAAGUGCGCCAGCAGUCUCCCGAAAACUUUGAGCUGCUUGCACGUGUGCCGAUCAGGCAUGAGUACAUUGAAACCUCUGACAACCACCAAAACCACAUGACAGGCAUCGGCCCUGUGCUUAACGUCUACCCUUGGAACAAUGAAAUGUACCUGAUCCGAUACAACAACUAUGACCGAUCGGUGAUAAACACAGUACCCCAUGACCUUGUUCAGCGAUGGUACGUGGCACAUCGAGAGCUGACUACAGAACUGAGGAAACCUGAGAACGAGCUGUGGGUGAAACUGACUCCAGGGAAAGUAAUUUUCAUAGACAACUGGCGUGUCAUGCAUGGGAGGGAGUCUUUCACUGGCCUGAGGCAGCUCUGUGGAUGCUAUUUAACCAGAGAUGACAUCCUCAGCUCCGCACGCUGCUUCGGUCUGCAGGCCUGAUCCUGGACAGGAACUCCUUUCACUUCUGUGCCUUAUCUAUUAGCCUAUAGGUUCAAGGUUCAUAUGUUGCCCAUAUGCAACAACAAUAACAUUCUAGUUGCACACCUAAAUGCAAGUUGCAGUCCCUUUAUACUACACAAGAGAACAACUCUAUUUUUUAUAACGAGUCGGGAGAAGGAGUUCAGGAGUCUCACAGCCUGAAGAAAGAUGCAGCUCUUCAGUCUGGUGUUACGAAAGAUAAUACGUCUGUAACGCUUUUCAGAUGGCAGCAUGGGGUACAGACUGUGGUUGAAAUCUUGAAUGUCUCCUGUAUAACACUUGAAAAAAUGAAAUGGAUAAGUUAUUAUUGAGCUCAUACAAUCAUAUGAUCGCAAUAAAUGGUGUAAUAAAGGAAUGGACUGGGUCUGUAAUAUUUCCCUCAAUACAGUAAGUUACAGCUAAUAAGCACUUAAAAAGUAAGCAUAGUCGAGGCUGAUAGUUAAGAAUCACUGUUACAUUACAUUACAGUCAUUUAGCAGACGCUUUUAUCCAAAGCGACUUACAAUCAGUAGUGUAUUACAUAUCAUUCACCCAUUCACACACUGAUGACAGGCUACCAUGCAAGGUGCCACCAUCAGACUCUAACUAACGUUCAUGCAACAUCCAGUCCACACCGAUGGCAAGCCUUCGGGAGCAACUUGGGGUUAAGUGUCUUGCCCAAGGACACAUCGACUGCCGAAGCCGGGUAUUGAACCACCGACCCUCUGAUUGGAGAACUACCUUGCUCUCCACUACGCCACAGCUGCUAUCUGCUGAUCUGAUGUAGUCAUUAGAUACAAUUUUUUUUUGAUGACAUGCUUAUUCAUUUACAAUGUUUCUUUUCAAAUGUAUAAUCAUUUGCAAUACAUUUGUGGACACUAGCUUAGCAUUGGCAGAGGCCAGAGGGGUAGCCAAUGUAUGGAUAGAAG